UCGUGUGAUUUUAUCUUUACACUCGGCUAUCUUCACGUAAUAACUGACCAUGUUACUUUGUUUGUUAUGAUAGACAUGAUAAUUGAUAAAACAUAAGUACUUUAGUUUCUAUUAGUUACUAUCAGUUUCUAUGAACAUUUCAAAUGGAUGACUUCUAAUUGAAAUUUGGAAAUUAUAACAUUCCUAACAUGUGGUCUCUAAAAAUUUUUAUCAUCACCUGGAUAUUCCAAAUACAACUGAUUAUAACAUUGGCUAGCAUUGAAGAUAAUGAAGUUAAUAAGUGUCAACUACCAGCGAAAUUGAUACGAGAAAUAGAUUCUCAUAGCACAAUAGUUGAAGCUAUAAUAAAUGAGACUUUAUCAGGUUCAUAUAAAGGAACCACUUGGAAGGAAUUGGCUCACUUUGUGGACAAGUUUGGUCCAAGAUUAGCUGGUACUGAAGUACUUGAAAAAUCAAUUAAUUAUGUAUUAAAUAAAUCACAUGAGUUUGGUUUAGAAAAUGUUCAUGGAGAACCUGUGACUGUACCUAAUUGGAUUAGAGGACAAGAAUCUGCAACUCUUUUAAAGCCAAGGUGGAAAAACAUUGCUCUUCUAGGACUAGGUUACAGUAUUGGUACUCCACCCGAAGGAAUAACUGAAGAAGUUGUUGUUGUUAAUAGUUUUAAGGAACUCGAAGAAAGAAAACAUGAAGUACCAGGAAAAAUUGUUGUAUUCAAUCAAAAAUAUGUUUCAUAUGAUGAAACAGUGGAGUAUAGAAGUAGGGGUGCAACAGAAGCAUCUAAAUAUGGUGCUGUUGCUGCUUUAAUCAAUUCGGUUACACCAUUCUCAUUGUAUACACCACACACGGGAAUGCAAAGUUAUGGACCAAACGUAACAAAAAUUCCAGUAGCUUGUAUCACAGCUGAAGAUGCAAGCUUAUUGAAAAGAUUGUCAGAUAAUGGUGAAACCAUACAAAUAAACUUAAAAAUGCAAGCCAAGAACUUACCAAGUAAAAUAUCACGAAAUAUAGUAGCUGAAAUAGUUGGAUCCACAAUGCCAGAGAAAGUUGUGGUUGUAUCUGGUCACAUAGACAGUUGGGACGUUGGUCAGGGAGCUAUGGAUGAUGGGGGUGGAGCAUUUAUUUCAUGGCAAGCAUUGAAGUUACUGAAAAAGCUUAAUUAUAGGCCUCGCCGGACUAUUAGAAUGAUUAUGUGGACAGCUGAGGAGCUUGGUAUUAUAGGUGCCCGUCAUUAUAUCAAAUCCCAUAAAGCUGAAGAAAAAAAUCUUCAAUUUGUAAUGGAAUCAGAUAUGGGCACAUUCAUGCCUUUAGGUCUUCAAUUUACUGGAACUGAGCAAGUUAGAUGCAUUUUGGAAAGAAUUAUGGGACUAUUAGCUCCUAUGGGACAGAUGAAACUACGUAAUCCUUGUGAUGGCCCUGACAUUGAGUCUUGGGUAAAUGCAGGCAUACCAGGAGGUUCGCUGUGGACACAAAAUGAAAAGUAUUUUUAUUAUCAUCAUACAAAUGCAGACACUAUGCUGGUUGAGGAUCCAGAAGCCCUUGAUAGGGGAACAGCCUUAUUUGCAGCAGUAUCAUUUCUACUUGCUGAUCUUAGCGUUGACCUUCCUCGGCAUAAACCAAUUUAUACUUAAUUCUCUAUACAAUUGUCAGUGGUAACGAUUAUUAAAGAAAUAAGUAAACAAUAAAAUUUCUCAUUGCCUCCCUUAUAAUAAAACUAAAAAUUUAAAAGUCAGCUUCAUCUCGAUGCUCAAUAAAUCUUUAUUUCAAAUCCA